CAAACCCAAACGCACUGCUACGACAGUUAUGCUCUAAAAUCUCGCAUAAGCGGCGCCCGAGUCUUCUCCUCCGUUCUCGCCCGCCGGAUAACGGUCGUUUCUUCUCUCUUUUGGAAACUUCGUCUUAAAUCCGGAAUUUACUCCGGCGGAAUUGCCUCGCUUAUUCUGAGCGUGAAGCUUCUGAUUCGGAUUUGUGGUGGUUUUGAUUACUGUGGAUUGGAGAACAUAUAGGAUCGAGGCUGAGAGAGUGAGGUUAAAAGAAUGAGAUUGGAAUUGAAUUUUGAGCGUGCGCGAUGGUAGUUGCUGCAGUAUCGACGGUAAACGCAAAAGCACAAGGAGGUGUUGAGCAUCAGAACCCUAAGAGACCUCCUCUGUUGUCUUCCGACCCUGACAAUGCUCUCAAUACCCGCCGGCCGAGGUCUCGGGAGGUCAGCUCUCGAUACCUGUCGACUUCGUCUUCAUCCACCUCAUCUUCCUCGUCAUUGUCGUCAUCAGCGUCCCUGAAACGCUGUCCUUCGCCGCUGGUGUCAAGGAAUGGCCAUUCGACGGCUAUGGCUAGUCCUAUGAGGCUGGUUUCUUCAGUAAUUAGACGGUCUCAGUCGGUGGAACGGAGGCGGGCUGGAACUCCGCGCAACGGUGAAUUGACCGAGGCACAGAAGGUGCUCUUUACCUCGACGAGAAGUUUGUCGGUCUCGUUUCAGGGAGAGUCCUUUUCGAUUCAGGUGAGCAAGGCAAAGCCAGCACCGUCUCCAAGUGUGGCAAGACAAGGCACGCCAGAGAGGCGAAAGCAGGCGACCACGAUGCCUGGGAAAGGACCGGAUCGGACGGACAAUUCGAAGGUGGAGAGGUGGCCGGGGAGCUUGCGGCGAUCGAAUUCAAUGAGUAAGAGUCUGGAUUGCACCGACGUGAGGAGGCAAUUGGGUGGAUCUGGGGGCAGCAAUGUGGUUAGGGCGCUGCAGAAUUCAAUGAUCAAUAAACGGACUUCUCUGGACUCAAGAUUGUUCUCCGCUUCAAUGAAUGUUACUACACACAAGGAAGAGGAGACUGAUGUUCAAAUUGUUGGAUCCAAUUCCCAGUUUGAUCUUGUAGUUUCUGACACUGAGAGUGUGACCUCUGGUAAUACUUCUGAAUCUCAAGAGAGUAAAUGUAAUGAUAAUGGAGAAGGGAAGCGUGGAGUCAGAGGAAUUAUUGUUCCCGCAAGGUUCUGGCAGGAGACUAACAGCAAGUUGCAGCGCCAGCCAGAGCCAAGGUCACCUGUCUUGAAGAAAACUCUAGCUCCACCUAAGCUUAUUGCGCCGAAGAAGAUUGGACUUGAAAGUGCUGUGUCAUCUCCUAAAGGUGUUCUGAACAGUCGGGGGCAGAUAUCUCCUAUUCGAGGGCCAGCGCGGCCUGCUUCCCCGAGUAAGCACGGGCCACUGUCGGCUCCCUCCCCAUUGAGGAGACUGAGCCCGUCUAGGGUGAGAAAUGGGAUGAUGGGUGGGUUGAGUGAUAAUUUGGGUUACACGCAGUCCUUUUUGAGUUUUGCUGCAGAUGUUAAGAGAGGGAAGAUUGGCGAGAAUAGGGUCUUUGAUGCUCAUCAGUUGAGGCUUUUCCAUAACAGGCUGUUGCAGUGGCGUUUUGUCAAUGCUAAAGCUGAUACUGCUCAGUCUGCUCAAAGCUUGACUGCAGAGAUAAGUCUACAUAAUGCAUGGAUAUCAACCUCAAGAUUGCGAGAAUCUGUUAGAGCCAAGAAAACUGAGUUACAACUGUUGAGGCAACACUUGAAGCUGGUGUCCAUCCUCAAGGGGCAAAUGGUAUAUUUAGAAGAAUGGGCUCUUCUGGAUGGCAAUUUUUCUAGUUCUCUGUUAGGGGCUACUGAAGCUUUGAGGGCUAGCACACUUCGCCUUCCAGUUGUUGGUGGGGCAAGGGUUGACAUCAGAAAGUUGAAUGAUGCCAUUUGUUCAGCAAUUCAUGUGAUGCAGGCUAUGGCAUCCUCAGUUUGCUCCUUGAUAUCAAAAGUUGGGGAAAUGAACUCUUUGCUGACUGAACUGGCAAAUGUAAGUGCAAACGAGGGUGCUUUGCUCAGUCAGUGCAAAGAUCUCUUGUCAUCAAUCACAGCCAUGCAGGUGACUGAAUGUAGCCUGAGAACGCAUAUUUUACAACUACAACAUUUACCUUCAAGCCUGACAACACAAAUUUAAAGCUCAUACCUUACAAUUGCCUUUGUCUACAACUAACAUGAGUACAUGACAUCAAUGCCCAGCCCUUUUUGUUUCUCUUUUCCUCAAAUUAUGAUGCUAGAGUUAAGAAAGUGUGGAAUGAUUGGUAGGAUCCUAGAAGCAAAAGAGUGGUGAUUUGGUCUUUCUUCUUAUACUAGGUUUUUAGCUUGUAUAGGUAAUUUUGUCUAUAGGCCAGCGGAAGAUUGUGUAAAUAUGUGUAAUGGUUUUAUCAGUUUCUCUUAAUGUUUCUUCCUGAGUCUUCUUUUGCCAUCUUUUUGAUAUGACUCGAUAUACAAUUAUAGACACAACGUUCUCUAAAACCAUUGCAACGCAGUGUCCUCCAUCUGCCAUGAAAUGGAAGGGGGAUUGCAGAGAAGGGUAUAGGUUGUUUGUAACAGAGAAGUUUGAUUUAAGCUUGUAGUUUACGGCAUGAAUGUUCUGAAUGGUGCAUUUAGUAAUCAUAUUGGUUGACAAUUUUCGCUUUUUUUGGAAGGAAACUCUUUGCUGUUAUGUCUCCUUGAUUUAGAAUUCUUUUGAGUUGGAGGUGUAAAUGCAUUUUAACAGACCUGUUCUUAGCCAGUUUCUUCAUGCAUUUUUGGACCAGUUGCUUCCUAUCAAAGUGAUCGUUUGAUUGUUUGGAUUCGUGGGAUGAUGAUAAUACCUGGAAGUUGGAAGUGAAUUGUUCUCUUUACCAUUUUUCUUAAAGCAAUAGGGCGUAUGCGGCUUUUUG